AUGGAGUAUUCAAACACCACGGGUUUGAAUCACAUCGCCGAGGAGGAGGAGGAGCAGGAGCAUCCAGAGCAGAGAACCAAAACCAGACUGUCUGUGAUUGGGAACUGCUACGUCAAGAUUGAAUCGCCGACCGGAUCGCAGCCGAUAGCUUUGGGCAGCCAGCGUUGCCUCAGUACGCCCCCGACCACGCCCAGCAGUCCGCUGAGGGAAGCGCCCCAAAGUCCGUCGGACGGUCACGCCUCCUCGCUGAGCUCGCACUCAGGAUCGGGAUGCAGUGACAUCCUGUUGGGUGAGUGA